AUGGUAAUUAAAUUUCUUUUUUUGUUCUUUGAAUUUCUAUGCGAAAUUUGUACAGGUAAAUGGAUUGGCAUUAUUCUUGAUGAGCCAAAAGGAAAAAAUAAUGGAACUGUACAAAAGAAAGAUGGAACAUUUGUACGAUAUUUUAUAUGUAAUGAUAAUCAUGGUCUAUAUGUACGACCUGGACAAAUUGAAUCUGUAAUUAGUGAUUUACAAUCAAAUCUAACUCGAUCAUCUUUAAAUCAUUCAAUAAAAUCUGAAGGUAGCAGAGGAAGUAUUCCACCACCAUCAACUUCGACAAUUACAAAAACAAGUGCUGUACCAACAAAACAAAAAGGACUUCGUGCACCAACACCUGGUACAACCGCUAAACUUCCAGGUCUUACUCGAACAGCUCAAUCAUCUCGUGAUAUUCCAACAGAAGUAGCAACGGAACGAAUAUCACCACCUAAAGAAGAAAUUAAACCACCAGUAUCACAGCCCAAAACAACAACUUCUAUGCGUCCACCAACUCCAAUUGAAUCAACUAAUAUACCAAGAAAAUCGAGUAAUCCAAUAUUAGAAUCAUCUGAUUCUCAACAAGUUAUUAUAAGUCUAAGGAAUAAAAUUAACGAUCAAGAAGAACAAAUUCAAACAUUAAUAAAAAAACGUCGUGAUGAUCUUGAAAAGCUUAAAGAAUUUGAACGUACAAAACUUCAACUUGAUCAAUUACAAACAUAUAAACGUGAAGCACAAGAACGUAUUAAAGAAUUAAAUGAUAAAUUACAACAACAAGAAUAUGAAUUAAAAGAAACACGUGAUAAAUUUACUGCUUAUCGUGAUGAAAUGGCUGAUAUUGAACUUGAGACUCUAACAUUAGAAAAUACAACAUUAAAAGAAAAAUUUGAAGAAGUACAAUUAGAAUUAGAUGUUAUUAAAGGUGAAAUACAAUUAAAUGGAUCAAAUCAAGUAGCAAAUGAUAUUCAACAAAAAAUUGAUGAUGAACGAACAAUUAAAAUGGAACAAGCAUUAAUUAAAUUACGGGAUUUAUCAUUAACUAAACAAGCUGAAAAUGAUACAUUAAAAAAACAAUGUGAAACAUUAGAACGUAAAGUUAAAAUAUUAACAAAAGAAAAUGAAAAUGCUAAAGUUGAAAUUACAACAAUGCAAGCAACAAUUGCUGAUUUAACAGAACAGGUUGAUACAUGUUUGGGUGCUCAACAAAUGGUUGAUAUAUUAACAAAUAAAAAUCUUUCACUUGAAGAUCAAGUACGAGAAUUACAAGAAAUUGUUGAUAAUCUUGUAAAUAAGGAAUCACUUUGUGAAAUGGAUAAAGAAAUGGAAGAAAAUGCUAAAGAAGUAAAACAUGUUCUACGUGAAAAUAUCGAUUUAUUACACAAUCAAUUACGCGAGAAAGAUCGACAAAUUGAACAAUUACAACAUGUUAUCAGUGAUCAUGAACGAAUAAUAUUAAAAUUUCGUGAAACAGUUAAAAAUAUACAAGUAUGUUCAUUUUAUUAA